GAUCUGUCGCGCCUGAUGACAAGCACUUGACUUUACACCAGAGGCGAUCUUAAUCACCAGCAGUCGACACAAUGACACAACCAGAGCAAGCAGCACCGCAACAUUCCCCCACAAGGGACGAGAUUAUCGAGCAAGCAGCUCUGGAAGGUCACGAUGCGGACAUCCCAGGUAGCCUUGGCUACAUAGACGAAAAGUCAGGUCAAGCCUCGGGAGUAAAAGACGAGGGGAAAGACCUCGAAAGGGGUAUUGUGGGCGGGUCAUCCGUAUCCAGCGCGACUGAGUUAGGGCAAGAAGAAAAACAAGAGCGGGAUCCCAACAUUGUUGACUUUGACGGCCCGGACGAUCCGGAGAACCCCCUCAACUGGCAUCCGUUCAAGAAAUGGGGCGCAGUGGCUCUGGUAUCUGCCAUCACGUUUCUCACGCCGCUUGCGAGUUCACAGUUUGCGCCUGGCGUGCCAGAACUCAUGCGCGAAUUCCACUCGACCAGCACAGUGCUUGCAGGCUUCGUGGUAUCGGUUUAUGUCCUGGGGUACGCUGUUGGACCGCUGAUCAUCGCGCCGCUAUCUGAAAUGUAUGGGCGCCUGCCGCUCUACCACAGUUGCAACCUCCUUUUUGUCAUCUUUACGAUUGCAGCCGCCGUCGCCAAGAACAUGGGCCAGUUUAUAGUGUUCAGGUUCUUCAUGGGAUGCUUUGGAGGUGCACCUCUCGUGCUUGGCGGCGGUACAAUUGCCGAUUUGAUUCGUAGGGAGCAGAGGGGAACCGCCAUGGCUGUGUGGAUGAUGGGUCCUACCGUGGGACCUUGUGCUGGCCCCAUUAUUGGUGGUUUCCUUACCGUUGCCAAAGGAUGGAGAUGGAACUUCUGGUUCGUGGCCAUAGUAGGUGGUGCCUUCUUCCUCAUGUCCGUUGCCCUCAUGUCCGAAACCUCUCCCAUGAUCAUCCUCGAGCGCAAAGCCAAGCGGCUCAGAGCCUCAACCGGCAACCCCAAGCUCCGUUCCAAACUCGACAAUGGCAUGACUCCCAAGCAACUCCUAAAAUACUCGAUUGUCCGCCCAACUAAAAUGAUCUUUACUUCGGCAAUCGUCAUCGUCAUCUCAGUCUACAUUGCCAUUGUGUACGCCUACUACUACAUCCUUUUCACCACCUUCACUGGAGUAUUCGAGAAGCAGUAUCAUUGGAAAGGCGGCGUAGUGGGCCUUUCCUACCUUGGUGUGGGCUUGGGCUCGCUCAUCGGCCAAAUGACCUACGUCUAUUUUGGAAACAAAUCGGUCAACAGACACAUCAAACGUGGCGACUUUAAACCGGAGCACCGCAUGCCCCUGAUGUGCCUUGGCGCCUUCUUGAUUCCCGCUGGUCUCUUCAUGUACGGCUGGUGUGUCCAGUACAAGACGCACUGGAUAGUGCCUAUUAUCGCAACCGGUAUUACUGGUGUCGGCAUCUUGUUUAUGUGGAUGCCGGCGACGACCUAUCUCGUUGAUGUGUUUACCAUCCAUGCUGCGAGCGCCAUGGCGGCAAACACAGUGCUGAGGAGUAUACUGGCGGCAUUUCUCCCGUUGGCUGGUCCAGACAUGUACAAGGCGAUGGGAUAUGGGUGGGGGAACAGCUUGCUAGGGUUUGUGGCCGUGGCAAUGAUUCCGGUUCCGUUUGUUUUCCUCAAGUACGGCGAGAGGAUUCGGUUGAACAGUAAAGUGAACUUUUGAGGUCUCGCUCGAAGUGGGAAAGAAAAAAGUCCUUGUGUAAACUGGAAUCUGGUUUACAUGGAUAUUUGCGGAAUAGAAAACUUUCUUGCCAUAGGGACAUAUUCCUAUUAAUGCGAAUUAGCUUAUGUUCUGAUGAGGGGGAGAUGAUGAAAAGGCUUAUCCAGACUGCAUAGGUAUAGGCAUCUUGACGAUUUGAUAGAUUCAAACGAUACUUUAGAAAGUACACGUUUCUCCUGGGUAGUAAUAUUAAAAAUGAAGAAUGG